AAACAGGCUCAACUCUUUCCAAGGAGUCCUGAGGAGGCAGAUGAGCCGUUCAGACUCUGAAAGCAGUGCAGAGAGCAGGCAAGUGAAUAAACUGACCCUGAACUCUCCCUCGGAGAGAAACAAGCCGAGUGUCCCCAUCAGGUCAGAUAGCUUCGAGCGAAACGCCAUGCUCAUGGAUUACAUUUUGCAAAGCAAACAGGAGGCAACAACAUCUGUUUCCUACGUCCCCAGAGAAAGCAGCAAGGCAGCUGAAAGCUUCAGGCAGGCGGUGAGCUUCACCCCCUGGCCUGAUGGCGCUCCAGACCUUUGCCAGAACGGCCAGAACGGCGAGGAGGAUCCAGCCAGGAAGCCCGAGCCAGACAAGCAGGUAGUGAAGAGCCUCGAGAGGAUGGUCUCUGCGGUUGCAAAUUAUGCUUCAGUGGCUACAGGCACUGAAAAGCUUUCGAGACAGAGCAGCAGCCAGCUCCUUGAGAGCAGGGAACAGCUCGGAGGUGAAGCAGAGGCAGGGAUACUCGAUUCAUACAUCCAGCAAAAAACCCCACCGGCCCCUCCUGUCAGGUCCCACAGCAAAGAGAGCCUGGCUUUGAGUAUGAGCAAGACUGUGGUGAUGACGGAGGCGCUGCUGGAGCCCCGCAGCGAUGCAGCGAAGCCUGCCAAGGAGCAGUGGGCAGCUGCAGGCGCGGAGCAGCUAACUGGAGGCAGGACUGCAGGAGGAGGGGGCUCGGAGGAGCCCGAGCGGAAGGGGAGGAAGAGUCAGGAGGAUGAGAAAGUGCUUAAAGUUGCCGACGCAAAGAAAACCUUCGAAAAGCCCAAGGCGGCGGAGGGGAAGGCAGCGACGCCACCACCCAGCGCUGCCAGGAAAGACACAAUGAGGCGAGUGGUACGACAGAGCAAAUUUCGGCACGUGUUUGGCCAAGCGGUGAAAAACGAUCAGUGUUACGACGACAUCCGCGUUUCCCGUGUUACUUGGGAUAGCUCCUUUUGUGCAGUAAACCCCCGAUUUGUUGCAAUAAUUGUAGAUGCUAGCGGUGGCGGAGCCUUCCUGGUGCUUUCUUUGCACAAGACAGGCAGGAUUGACAAGUCCUACCCAACAGUGUGUGGCCACACGGGUCCAGUGCUGGACAUAGACUGGUGUCCUCAUAAUGACCAGGUCAUCGCCAGUGGCUCGGAGGACUGCACCGUCAUGGUGUGGCAGAUCCCCGAGAACGGGCUCACCCUGUCCCUGACAGAGCCGGUGGUGGUGUUAGAAGGCCAUUCCAAGAGAGUCGGCAUCGUGGCUUGGCAUCCGACGGCACGCAACGUGCUGCUGAGCGCAGGCUGUGAUAAUGCAAUCAUCAUCUGGAAUGUGGGAACAGGUGAAGCCCUCAUAAACUUGGAUGACAUGCACGUGGAUAUGAUUUACAAUGUGAGCUGGAAUCGCAACGGCAGCCUAAUCUGUACAUCUUCCAAAGACAAAAAAGUUCGGGUUAUUGACCCCAGGAAACAAGAAAUUGUUGCUGAGAAAGAGAAAACCCACGAGGGAGCCCGGCCCAUGCGAGCCAUUUUCCUCGCUGAUGGAAACAUCUUCACAACUGGCUUCAGCCGCAUGAGCGAACGGCAGCUCGCCCUUUGGAAUCCAAAAAACAUGGAGGAACCAAUAGCCCUUCAUGAGAUGGACACCAGCAACGGGGUCCUGCUGCCAUUCUACGAUCCAGAUACCAACAUUAUUUACCUAUGCGGCAAGGGUGACAGCAGCAUUCGCUAUUUUGAGAUCACGGACGAAUCCCCCUACGUUCACUACCUCAACACCUUCAGCAGCAAGGAGCCGCAGAGGGGCAUGGGGUUCAUGCCAAAGAGGGGCCUGGAUGUGAACAAGUGUGAGAUCGCCAGGUAAGGAGAGGGGCUGGCAGGGCGGGUGUCAGGCAGCCGCCCCGUCGCGAGCUCCGACGUUCAGAAACGGUGCAGGACCCCGCUGCGGUGUCUGCUGGGACUGGGACGUGAAGGGACACUUGUGCUGGGCAUAACAUGAUAUCACCUUAAAAUAUGCUGGGUCUUAGGCUGAGCCUGUUCUCAGUGGGUGAGUGGUAUCGACCAGAACACAUUGUCUGCCAGGAUUGGGUGUCAGGGCGGUUACAGCCGGCACUGUCGAUGUAUCGGUGAUAAACCUUUGCUGCCUAAGUCUGGGAUCA